CACUAAUGCCACGGUUCAGCUCCCGGCCGCUAGGAGGAACAAGGAGGGAUCCCUGCCCGGUCCCAGCGUGGAGAAGGAAGCGGUCUGAGUGUCCGCAUCCCCCGCUCAAGACGGGACAGAGCCAGAAGCACCGGAGGUGGCGGAGUGCUUUCAGUUAGACUUCGAAGACUUUCUUUACAUGGGGACAAGAAAUGACAUCCACGGCCAGCGAAAGGAGGGCGUUUGCUCAUAAAAUCAACCGGACGGUUGCUGCAGAGGUCAGGAAACAAGUGUCCAGAGAUUAUGGCUCUCCUCAACUGUCCAAGAAACGAGGCGGCGCACACCACCCUUUGCCCCUGACAGAGGUGGUUGAUCCUGUCGAUUUCGAGGAGUAUGUGAGCAGUCACGCUCCCGGGGUUGAGCCUGGCCCCCUCAGACAGCUAACAGAGUUCCCCCAGGACGACCUGGAGCUCCUCCACCUGGACAAAGAGUGCACUACACUGGAGCCCCCGCUGCCCGAGGAGGACUCACUGGAUCCCAGAGUGAGAGAUGCCUUAGCAGUCUACACAGAUGACUGGCUUGUCAUUCAGAGAAAGUAUCAGCGCUACAGCACCAUGUACACCCCUCACAACUCUGAGCGACAGAGGGAGAGGCAGAAAGGGCUGGUCAAACAGACCUUUGAACUGGAUGAGGCUGCCGCCGCUGAGCGCCAGGAUGACCAGGAUGAUGCAAAGCGGCGGUCGGUUAGCCUCGAUGAAACCCCCAGAGGCAGCUGGGCCUCCAGCAUCUUUGACCUGAAGAACUCUUCCCCAGAUGCCCUCCUGCCGUCUGUGCUGGAGCGUGCAGCUGCGGAGGACAUGGACCGCCGCAACACAGAGGCACGACUGCAGGGGCGCCACAGUGACCUGCUGGGCCUGUAUCCUCCCCCUGAUGAGGAUGAAGCAGUAGAGAGAUGCUCUGUUCCUGAAGUACCCAAGGAACAUUGUGGCCAGAGGAUCAUGGUCAAGUGUCUGUCUCUGAAGUUUGAAAUAGAAAUUGAGCCAAUAUUUGGAACACUCGCCCUCUAUGAUGUCAAGGAAAAGAAAAAGAUCUCUGAGAAUUUCUACUUUGACCUGAACUCGGAUCAAAUGAAAGGGCUGCUUAAACCCCACACGCCUCACAUAGCCAUAUCCACACUGGCCCGUUCUGCCAUUUUCUCCAUCACAUACCCAUCUGCCGAUAUCUUCUUGGUCAUUAAGCUUGAGAAAGUCCUUCAACAAGGGGACAUUGGAGAAUGCUGUGAACCCUACAUGGUCAUGAAAGAAUCAGAUUCCACCAAGCACAAGGAGAAGCUGGAGAAGCUGCGUCUGCAGGCGGAACAGUCGUGCAGUCGUCUCGGUCGUUUCCGCAUGCCUUUUGCCUGGACAGCCAUUCACCUUCUCAACAUUGUCAGCAGUGUGGGAGGUCUGGAUCGGUCAGACCCGGACUCUGACUCUGAGAGAAAAGGUCAUGGAACAUGGAAUGAGAGGAAGAAGAAGGGCUUUGAGCGAAUGAGUGUCGGGGACGACAUGUGUAACUUUGCCACUUUCCGACCAGCAACUCUCACUGUCACCAACUUCUUCAAACAGGAGGGGGACAGACUAAGUGAUGAAGACCUCUACAAGUAUCUGGCAGAUAUGCGCAGGCCAUCAUCUGUUCUGCGGAGAUUGAGACCCGUCACAGCCCAGUUGAAGAUCGACAUCUCUCCAGCUCCGGACUCGCCUCAUUACUGUCUGUCACCGGAGCUGCUUCAUGUAAAGCCCUACCCUGACCUGCGUGUUCGUCCAACCAAAGAGGUGCAGGAGUUCCCUGCUCGUUAUGUAUACACUCCGCACACCACCUACAGGAAUCUGCUGUAUGUUUACCCACAAAGUUUGAACUUCACCAGUCGGCAGGGCUCAGUGAGGAACAUCGCUGUGAAGGUUCAGUUCAUGGCAGGAGAGGACCCCAGUCAAGCUUUGCCGGUCAUCUUUGGAAAGUCAAGUUGUGCCGAGUUCAUCAAAGAGGCGUACACCCCCGUCAUCUACCACAACAAGUCUCCUGAGUUCUAUGAGGAGAUGAAGAUGAAGAUUCCUGCCAAUCUGACAGACAACCACCAUCUUCUGUUCACCUUCUACCACAUCAGCUGCCAGCCCAAACAGAACACUCCUCUGGAGACCCCUGUGGGCUACACUUGGAUCCCUCUGAUGCAGCAUGGCCGACUACGCACCGGCUCCUUCAGUCUGCCCGUCUCGGUGGAAAAGCCUCCACCUAGCUACUCUGUGCUCACCCCUGACGUUCAGCUCCCAGGCAUGAAGUGGGUGGAUAAUCACAAAGGAGUGUUCAAUGUCGAGGUGACAGCGGCCUCCUCGGUUCACACUCAGGACCCCCACUUGGAUAAGUUCUUCACCCUGGUGUAUGUUCUGGAGGAGUACUCCUUCCCCUUCCGCCUAAAAGACGUCAUCAUCACAGAGGCAAACAUGGAGGGGGAGCUGAAGGCCAGCAUGGCAGCGCUGAGAGGGGCACUGCUGGACACCUGCGUCAGGUUUUUGCACCAGCUGCUCAACAAGCUCAUUCAGCUCAUUGUCUACCCACCGGUCAUUGCAGGCCAAAUUGUAAAUCUGGGCCGUGCUGCCUUUGAAGCUAUGGCUUUGUUGGUCAACCAGAUGCACAAGAACCUGGAGGGGAACCAGGAUCAGCAUGGCCGCAACAACCUGCUGGCAUCCUACAUCCACUACUGCUUCCGCCUGCCCACCGCCGAACCUACAAUUCCCCCGACAGCAGGCACCCAGUCCUAUGAGAUGCCCAUGCAGUACGCCACCUUGUCAAGAGCAACAGCCCGCCCAAGCAGCCUGCUCCUGUCCCGCUCCAAGAGUAUCAGCAACUCCAACCCUGACCUGGCCAGCACACCAGUUUCUCCUGAUGAGGAAGUGCAAAGGAUCAUAGGGAGCAAGGGCAUUGACCGCUCCCACUCCUGGGUAAACUCUGCUUAUGCCCCUGGGGGCUCCAGAUCUGUGCUACGCCGGAACCCAAACUCCAGCUGUGAGCUCAAGCAGGCAAACGACCGCAGCUGCAAUCGCAUGUCUGCCUUUCUGGACAGCGUGGCCUUGUUUUCAGUUCCCACAAGGCAGAUUACCAAGAAGCUACUCCAUGAGGAGCUGGCAUUACAGUGGGUGGUGAGCACCAGCACAGUGAGGGAAGCAGCGCUGCAGCAGUCUUGGUUUUUCUUCCAGCUUAUGACAAAGAGCAUGGCCCAUCAUUUAUUCCUUACCUCGAAAUUGGACGUUCCCAGGCGUCAGCGUUUCCCAGACCGCUUUGUGGACGACAUCGCUGCGCUUGUGUGUGCCAUCAGUGCAGACAUUGCCAGCCGCUACCACAAGGAUGUGGAGCUUGUGGAGAGGUUAAACAGCAGUCUGGCCUUCUUCCUGAAUGACCUGCUGUCUCUCAUGGACCGGGGCUUUGUUUUCAAUCUCAUCCGUUCCUACUACAAACAGAUCGCCAACAAGCUCCACACAGCGCAGAAUCCCAGCUCUCUGAAUGCACUGAGGAUGGACUUCACCCGUAUUGUCUGCAGCCACGAGCACUAUGUCAUCCUCAACCUGCCGUGCUCAACUCUCAGCCCCCCAGCCUCCCCCUCCCCCUCAACCUCCUCCACCACCUCACAGAGUUCAGCUUUUUCCAGUAUGGUGCAAGACCAAGGUGUGGCCACCAUGUUUGAGCUCUCCGUCCCUUUUCGCCAGCAGCACUUCCUGUCUGGCCUGCUGCUUUCUGAGCUCUCUCUCAUUCUUGAUCCUGAUGGAGAAGGGGUUUUCUUCCUUCAUAAAAAGGCCAUUAGUGCUGUUCACUCCCUGCUCUGCAGCCAUGAUGCAGACCCUCGCUACAGUGAGCCUCAGGUCAGAGCCCACGUUGCUCAGCUCUACCUGCCCCUCAUCCCCAUCGUCAUGGAGUCGUUGCAUCAGCUCCACGACUUCUCCGACUCCUCGCCUGUUCGGGUCCGCCAUGCCUCAGCCCACGCCGACGAUGCUGACCCAGACAGUAGCAACACUAUCAGUCAGUCUGUUGCCAUGGCGAUUGCCGGCUCCCCUUUGCCGCAUGCCAAAGCCAACGCAUUUGCGCUGCCUACAGUGGCCGGGCGCCAGUCCAGCUCUCUGUCCGCCGAGUGCAGCAGGACUCUGCUGGUGUGUUUCCUGUGGGUUCUGAAGAAUGCAGAUGCAGCUCUCCUGGAGCGCUGGGUGUCUGAUUUGUCUGUGUUGCAAAUCAACCGCCUGCUGGAUCUGCUGCAUCUCUGUGUCUCCUGCUUUGAAUACAAGGGGAAGAAAGCUCUGGAGAGGAUCAACAGCCUAACAUUUAAAAAGUCUCAGGACAUGAAGGCCCGACUAGAGGAGGCCAUACUGGGCACCAUCGGAGCUCGUCAGGAGAUGGUCCGCCGCUGCAGAGAGAGGAGUCCCUAUGGCAGCCAAGAGAACGUUAGGUGGAGAAAGAACGUCUCUCACUGGAGACAAAACACAGACAGAGUUGAUAAGACUAAAGCUGAGGUGGAGCAGGAGUCUGUGGUGGAUGGAAACCUAGCUACCGAGGCCUCUCUAAUAGUACUAGACACACUGGAGAUUAUAGUCAUGACGGUGGUGGCGUCAGAGCUGAAGGAAAGUGUUUUAGGCGGGGUGCUGCGAGUGCUUCUCCACAGUAUGGCAGGCAACCAGAGCGCCCUCUUUCUGCAGCACUGCUUCACUACACAGAGGGCUCUGGUUUUUAAGUUCCCAGAGAUGCUGUUUGAAGAGGACACUGAGCUUUGUGCGGACUUGUGCCUUCGUCUCCUUCGCCACUGCAGCAGCAGUGUUGGCUCUGUCAGAAGUCACGCCUCUGCCUCUCUUUACCUGCUCAUGAGGCAGAACUUUGAGAUAGGAAAUAACUUUGCACGAGUAAAGAUGCAGGUUACUAUGUCUCUGUCUUCGCUGGUGGGAACGUCGCAGAACUUCAACGAGGAGCAUCUUCGCCGGUCACUCAAGACGAUCCUAACAUAUGCUGAAGAGGACUUGGAGCUGCGUGACACUCCCUUCCCAGAGCAGGUCCAGGAUCUGGUGUUCAACCUGCACAUGAUUCUUACUGACACUGUGAAGAUGAAAGAGCAUCAGCAGGAUCCAGAGAUGCUCAUUGACUUAAUGUACAGGAUUGCUAAGGGCUACCAGAACUCACCAGAUCUGCGUCUUACGUGGCUCCAGAACAUGGCAGGAAAACACUCUGAGAGAGGGAACCAUGCCGAGGCUGCCCACUGUCUGGUCCACAGCGCCGCACUGGUGGCAGAAUACCUCAACAUGCUGGAGGACUGUCGCUACCUGCCAAUUGGUUGUGUCACAUUUCAGAAUAUUUCUUCCAAUGUCCUGGAGGAGUCCGCAGUGUCCGAUGAUGUCCUGUCUCCAGAGGAGGAGGGGAUUUGUGCUGGGAAGUACUUCAGCGAGUCUGGCCUGGUGGGCCUCCUGGAGCAAGCAGCUGCCUCUUUUAACAUGGCAGCCAUGUACGAGGCCAUAAAUGAAGUCUACAAGAUUCUGCUGCCCAUCCAUGAAGCCAACAGAGACUUCAAAAAGCUGGCGACUGUCCAUGGAAAACUGCAGGAUGCCUUCAACAAAGUCUACAACCAAAGUUCAGGAUGGGAGAGAAUGUUUGGGACCUACUUUCGGGUUGGUUUCUAUGGCUGUCGGUUUGGAGACCUGGAUGAACAACAGUUCGUCUACAAGGAGCCAUCGAUCACCAAAUUAGCAGAGAUCUCCCACAGACUUGAGGAGUUCUACUCAGAGAGGUUUGGGGAUGAGGUUGUCGAAAUUAUCAAGGACUCCAACCCAGUGUACAAAAACAAACUGGAUCCCAACAAGGCCUACCUCCAGAUCACCUACGUCGAGCCGUACUUUGACACAUACGAGCUAAAGGAAAGAAUCACCUACUUCGACAAGAACUACAAUCUGCGCACCUUCAUGUACUGCACCCCCUUCACUCUGGAUGGCCGAGCCCACGGGGACCUGCAUGAGCAGUACAAACGCAAAACCAUUCUGACAACAUCUCACGCCUUCCCUUACAUCAAGACACGCAUCAACGUCAUCCACAAGGAGGAGAUUAUUCUAGUCCCCAUGGAGGUGGCCAUUGAGGACAUGCAGAAAAAAACUCAGGAGCUCGCCUUCGCCACAAACCAAGACCCUGCAGACUCCAAGAUGCUGCAGAUGGUGCUGCAGGGCUGUGUGGGCACCACUGUCAACCAGGGCCCCCUCGAGGUGGCGCAGGUCUUUCUUUCCGACAUUCCUAAUGACCCAAAACUGUUCCGCCAUCACAACAAACUGCGCCUCUGCUUUAAAGACUUCACUAAGAGGUGUGAGGAUGCCCUGAGGAAGAAUAAAGCACUGAUUGGACCAGAUCAGAAGGAGUACCACAGAGAGCUGGAGAGGAACUACAAUAAACUGAAAGAAGCUCUGGGACCUCUCAUCAACCGCAAGAUCCCCCAGCUAUACAGAACCCUGCCAACUCAGACUACGCAAACACAACGGAAUUCCUACAGUAGGUCCAGUCUCCGCCGAGUCGACUGUUGAGGCAAAAUGGGAUAACAGCACAGAACGGGCUUUAGAAAUUAGCACCAUCUCUUCUCUGUCUGUUUCCCCCUCCCCCCACUGCACUGCGCACCAACUGUCACACACACCGUCCCCUUCCUCAUCUAGCCCCGUUAUUUUACCCACCCACCCCCACGGCCACCCAGUCACGCCAUAAUCCCCCCGCCACACACACACAGCCACACUUGUCACCUCUUUCCCAUCUCCCCCAUUUACCACCACCACUCACACCUCUGUAGGAGAAAACCUCGGCUGUUUAUACUGGAAGGUUAUCUGCACUGUAAACAUCGUCAUUUGGAGCAAGGCUCUGACAUGUCAGCGUUUUAAAACCAAGCCUUCAAAAGCAAAGUCUCCUCACUGACUAUCCAAAGUAAUCUCUCUGAGCCUGAACUGGUUUUAACUUAAGUUUUUACAGGACUAGAGCUGCCAAACACAUUUUGUAUCCAAAUCAUUUGGGGCGGGGGGUUUGCUCAUGAGUGUGUCUGUUUUCCUUUUUCUUCUAGUGUUUGCUUUUGAAGACGCUGUAGGUUGUCUGUUUUGUGUUGUGGCCUUAUUUAAUUUGUAAGAGAUCUUUCUUUCUAAACUAUGUCUGGUAGUAGUCACUGCCAGACUUGGUUAUUAAAUAGUCCCAGGGAGUUUUCUUUUGCUAUCAACAGACCAAAUAACUGACAUUCCUUCUUCUUCAAGCUGUCACAUUUAUCUGCCCAUCUCUUCUUAUAAGAAUUCAUUAUAAAGAGGAGGUGGGGUCGUUCUGUCCAUGCUCAGGUCUUAGACCAGGAGGGACAUGCUGUAGCAGCAGUUUAAGAGGAAAGCAUUAGUUACAGAAACGGAUGUUUAAAUAUGUGUUUUUUUUACCUGUGAAAUUCUCUUGUAAUGCACUGCAGUCAUAUCAGAUGUUUAUCACAGAGGCACUGCCCUCAGCCAGGCCAUCGAUUUCACCCACACAAAUACUGUAUGUUCAAACUGUGACAUUUACUGUCACCCUGCAGUACACUCUGAUAACUGGAUAUAUGUUGUCUGUGUAGUUUAAGGCAGACUGUUUGAACUUCUGUCAAAAAGCACUCCAGAUAUCUUAUAUGCGUCCACCACCCUGGCUGUGGAAGAUUUAUAUUCAUUGUAGCCAUUUCCAACUACUGUAUGUAUUAUAUUGCACUAUUGUAGUACAACAAACUGCAGCACAUUAACACUGUAAUGACUAAAAUAUCUGUGCUUUUGUUAUUUUUACAAGGCUGUAAAUUGUUUUUUAACCAAUUAGACAAACACUUUUUUAAUUUAUUUACACUGUCUUUUUUUUACUGCAUUCUAUUAAAUUUCUUUUCCUAUGCCUCCA